AGUGUGGGAGGUGCCCUGUGCAGGAGGAAGGCUGUUUGUAGCCACACUGGUAACAGGGAUCCUUGGAGAAAGGUGAUCCUCUUGUAGAGAUAAUGAAUAGCCAAGGGAGAAUCAGUCCUGGAACUGCAGCAGAAGAGAGAAGCUGCCCCUGGCUGAACAUCUGGGUCUUCCUUAUUUUUGUCCUUCCAAUCAAAGCUGCCCUUGUGACCAUCUGCCUUGUGGUGGUUCCCUUCAGCCACAGCAGUGACCAGCCCUCAGCCCUGCAGCAGCAGUUCUCAAAGUGGGAGUGCAACUCAGCGGUGCCACAAGGCACAGAGCGAGGCUGGACGUGCUGCCCAAAGGGCUGGAGAAGGUUUCAAAGAAGCUGCUAUUUCCUGUCCCUUGAUAGGAUGAAUUGUGCUGAGAGUGUACAGAACUGCACUGGGAUGGGCUCCCAGCUGGUGGUGAUCACCAGCAAGGCAGAGCAGGAAUUCCUCUACAAGCAGAAAACUCCAUCCACAAAAAGAGAUAAUAUCUACAUUGGUCUUUUAAAGGACACAGUGGUCCAGUGGCAAUGGGUAGACAAGACUCCGUACAAUGGGACACCAAUGUUCUGGCGACAAGGAGAACCAAGUGAUAACCUUGAUGAGAACUGCACAGUAAUGCAUGUGCCUGAAGGAAAUCUGAAUAACUGGAAUAACGUCAAACCAUAUACGAUGCAUCAUCGAAUUUGUGAAGCUGCAGCAGUAAUUGUGUGAUGGAAAUAUCCCUGUCCUGAGUAAAGCUGGGAGCUGAGCAGGCAGCUGGGAACAGCACUGGCUGUGCUGGGAACAGUGGGGAGCUCUGACACAUCUUCACUGUGUGGGGUGGGACCAUGUGUGUGGAAGUGCAGUGAGCUUUGUCCAGCAUCCCCAGUGCACGUGGUGGCUCAGGGAACACAGAGAGGCUCAGGCUCUUUGAAGCAGGUCCUGCGUUCUUUUGUCUUCUUCUUUCUGAAUGGCUCCAGGAGCCUGUGGCAGAAAAGAGAUGGACUUCUCCAGGAGGAAGGCAGAGGAAUGGAAGACAGAUAUCUAGAGAUUCAAUAUCCUUUGCCUCCUUGAGCAGAGCAGUUUGCUUUUUGUUGAGUCACAUGCAAAAUGUUCUCUAGCUGUACUGCUUUUACUGAACAACUUCUGAAAUCUUAGACAGGAGAAAAUACAAUAUCACAGCAAUGAAAAAAGA